AUGGAACUGAACGUUGUGGACGAGGUGUUUUGCGCCGGGCGCCGAAAGACGCCGCUAAACAUCGGCUCGGUAAAGAGCAACAUUGGCCACUGCGAGGCGUCGCCGUUUUUCGCGUCAAUCGUGAAAGUCAUAAUCGCAUUGGAAACCGGUCACACACCGCCGACCAUACACUUCGGCGGGCCGGACGUCGAUAAUCCGGCGUUGGAAAGUGGAAAGAUUCGGGUACGUCUGUCCCGCAGUGUUUUCACGAUCACUGUAAUUAGGGUUCAGAUUAUAUUACGAGUGUUUCCACCAUACGUAAUCUUUUGUUAAGACUGCGCAGCAAUACUACGCCGAAAACGGUAUACUCUUAUCAAAAAACUAAAGCAGUUUUUUUUCGAUAUCAACGGAUCGAAACACGAUUCAUAUUGACGUAGUACCAGUGACGGAUUCACGCGGAGGGCACAGGGGCACUUGAACCCCUCCCCGUUCUCUUUCGGUGGACUUCAUUUUAUACAUUUUAUAUCAGUUUAAUAAUCUAUAAUUACAAUUAUAAAAAUGUAUAGUUAAUUUACUAGAAAUAUGAAUAAUGCGCCUCCGCUAUAAAACAUUUCUGGAUUCACCGUUGCGGUAUAGUCAAAUUCGUUCCGAUUUUGUAAAACAAAAAAAAAUAACUUCUGAACAUCGUAUAUUGUAACGUGGGCAAUUAUUAUUCAUGUGACAGAACUUUUUGAAUAAUAACUCCGUAUUAUAUAUAUUCGGGAAAUAUUUAGUUAGACGAAAUAAAAGUAAUUCAAUAUUUAUGCACUUCACAUAACGGAUAUCGGGUAGACGAGUACUUUAUCAGCUACCUAUUGAAACGGUUUAGCACCAACAGAUUAUUCUCCUACACAUGACAAUACAAUAAUAAUUUAACAAACUACCGAAAUUCAAUAUUUUUGAGAACCGAAACCCUUAAAAUCGUUACAGUUUUAGUCUCUGAUUACUUGUGGUCACAACAUUUGUUUUUCGACACGAAUCCGUAGUUCUAUUUACAUAUUUGCAUACAACUGGGAAAUCGCAUUUAAAUUUGAAUAACCUGAAUUUGAAAAUUUGUUUUCCAAAAACCGAACAAUCACCUACGUGUUAUAAAUACCUGUUUAUAAUUAUUUUAAAUGUAUCACACAGGUUGUGACAGAAAAGACCCCUUUGGUCAGUGAUAUAAUUGGAGUCAGUGGUUUUGGGUGUACAAAUGCAUUUUGUCAUGUAUUAUCAGAAGAAACGAUAAAUUUAAAAUUGAUCCUAAGAUAGCGACGAUACUGUUAACGAUCGUGUACCACAAAUUGUUUUAGCAUCGGGACGCAAUGAAAAAACUACCAUCGAUACCAUAAAUAAAGUACAAGUUAUAUAAUUUAAUUGAAUAGGUAAUGAAAAGAUGUACGAAUUUCAAUAUUUUAAUUCUAUCAUAAAACUGAAACCUUAUGUUCCACAAAUAUAUUUAUGUAUUAUUUUCUGUAGAUCAUUAUUAACGGAAACGACCGAGAAUUUAUAACGUUGACCAAUAAUGUUUUCGGUAAAAAUAUCAAUACACAUUUUUAUAGAAGUUUUACAAUUUUUUCCGAAGAAGGUGCAUCCCAAAUUGAAGUUCAGGUAACUUUAAUGUUAUUAAUAUUAUUACAAUAUUUUACCUAUAUAUGUCAAUAAUAAUUUUUCUGCGAUUAUUAUUUGAUCGAAAAAAAUAAAGGCUAAGCUAAGAUUAUUUUUUUUUAAAUUCUGAGUGGAGCGAAGAAGCUUAUGGUUUUACAUUAGUAAAAUAUUACGAUUUUUUUUUUUCUGUAGACAACUUUUCUAUCAGUAAUUUUGCUCCGAUUUACAAUGGUAGCAUUUUUUCGAAAAGGUAAUCUGACUGGGGAAGUACUUUAAAAAGGUCAUUUUUUGAUUUACCGAAGAGUUUUCUUAACAAAUAUGAAAAACCGGGAAAAAACAUCGAACUGGGAAAAUCGGUACAACAUUAAACAAAUAUUAUUAAAGAAAAUAUAUGAAACCUAUUUCAUUAUUUUACUAUAAUAUGGCAUUUAUAUUGUUGAAAAAGCAUCACUAUCAACUGAACUCUGCUCAGAAUGGUUUUUUUGUAAGCAAUGAUUUAUCUUUGCUUACAGGUAUACAUUAAAUUAUCUAUAACAGUGGCUGCACCCGUUCCUAUUAUCCCAAAACGUCUUUUUGUACAUAGUAAUAUUAUAUUAUAGAAAUUAUUGGAAUUAUAAAUAUAAAACACGUGAAUAUAAGUUAAGUGACCAUUAACAAAUGCACGAAAUUAAACCCUAACCUAAACAUUUCUAGAAUUUAAAUACACAGAAACGUCCGGUAUGGUUUAUGUUCUCCGGUAUGGGAUCGCAGUGGCCAGAAAUGGGCACGGAUCUUAUGAAAAUUCCGGUUUUCGCGAACGCGAUAAACAAAUGUGAUCUAGUUUUACGGCCCAAAGGGCUUCGUAUCAAGACGAUUUUGACGAGUAAAGAUCCAAAGAUUUUCGAUAACAUCCUCUAUUCGUUUGUCGGAAUUUCGGCCGUUCAGGUUUACAAAAAAAAUUUAAACAUGCCAUUUUUACACUUACUAUAUAAAUGUCAUCGAAUUUUAGAUCGGACUAAUAGACCUGUUGAGAUCUUUGGAUAUCACUGCCGACGGGAUCAUAGGGCACUCGUUGGGGGAAUCGGCGUGUGCAUACGCUGACGGUUGUUUUACCGCUGAAGAAACAAUACUAUCCGCUUGGGCCCGAGGACGAACUUCACUCGACGUGAAGCUUAUUUCCGGCAUGAUGGCCGCUGUCGGUAAUGUGGAAACGUUGAAUCUUGACUUUGCUUACGUUUUCGUUCAUUUGCGAAAUGUAUUGAAAAGUGCAUUGUGUUUCUCGUUUUAGGUUUAGGUCACAGUGAAAUAAAAGACCAACUGCCGGACGACAUCGACAUCGCAUGCCAUAAUAGCUCCACCAAUUGCACGUUAUCCGGUCCAAAAGACAGUAUCAAUGAAUUCAUCUCGACAUUGAAGGCCAAAGGAGUUUUCGCAAAAGCCGUUAACGCUUCUGGAAUAGCGUUUCACAGUAGAUACAUUCAGUCUAUAGGUCCGAUUCUACUUGGAUAUUUAAAAGAAGUGUGUCUGCGAAUCGAAUGACUAAUAAUUAUAUUCGAAUAGCAAUUAUUAUUACUAUCAUUAUUAUUAUUAUUAUUAUUAUUAUUAUUAUUAUUAUUAUUAUUAUUAUUAUUGUAAUGUGUGUAGUAUGUUAAUUUACUAAUUAACAAUCAGUGUAUGUCUAUUUGUCCUAUGAUAGAUAAUCAAAACACCGAAAUUGAGAUCGUCGAAAUGGAUUAGCACUUCGUUGCCCGAAACCGAAUGGAACUCCGAGAUCAGCAAAUAUUCUUCCGCAGAAUAUCAUACAAAUACCUUAUUGAAUAGUGUGUUGUUCGAAGAGUCGCUUAAACACAUACCCAGUGACGCGAUUUUGAUUGAAAUCGCCCCACAUGGUCUUCUCCAGGCAAUCGUUAAACGUGCACUACCGAACACGGUAACCAUUAUACAGUUAACAAAGAGAAUGACCAAAGAUUUGAAUCGAUACUUCCUAAAUUCGAUCGGAAAUUAAGUAUUCAACCAUAUGUUUUAUUCAUACUACCAACGUCAUAUAUUUAUUUUUUAUGCAUGUAGCUUACUAAUUUGAAAAAAAGAGUUGAUACUGAGGAAGGGUGUGCCACUGUUGUAGGUGGAAAGUUGGGAAGUUAGGAUACACAAAUGCAUUUAAUUUAUACCUGUAAGAAACGAUAAACCUUUGAGGACGGAAAACGUUUCUGAGCGAAAUUCGGUUAAACGUGUUUUGAAAGACCGUAAUAUUUAUGAUUUUCAUCAAAAUUGAAUAUUAAAACACUUAUUAUACUCAUUUUUUAUUUCACCACUAAGUACGGAUUAUAAUGAACCUCCUAUUAUAUUUUCAUGCAGUUUUGUUUAGUCUAAUUUUAUCCACGGAGUACCUACUGAAUAAAAAUUACGAAAACAACUCGUAAAAUUAAAAUGUCUACAAAUAGCUCGAAAAUUUUCCCUAGUCUAGAAAAUACAAAUCUGAGUUUUCUAUCAAAAUUACAAGUUCGUAAUAAUAUUUUUAACUGAAUUCCAAAAUAAAAAUAAAAUUUAAAUAGUAAAAGCAUUAUUUUUGUAAAUUUUCCCGGUCUUUCUACGUUUUCUUUCGAUUUUGCUCAAUUAUUAAAAAAACUUCACGGAAAAUCAAGAUACAACUCUCUCGUUCACUAAGUAGGUUAAAAAUUCAACAAAAACUGACACUUGUCGUUUUUUAUUGGAGCCAAAUUUCUGGUAGAAAAUAUAAUUUGCAAAAACUAAAAACAAUGAAAUCGGUAAUGCUGCGACGCGCUGUAAAUAUUUAUCGAUUUACCUAUAAUUUUCUUUCCGGUUUUCCCCAAUUAUUUUGAAAAUCCUUUAAGAGAUAAAAAAAUUCCCCUCUAAUGCACCAACUAGAUAAAAUUUCAUUUCGAAAAACGUGAUACAGUUGACAAAUCGGAAAAAGUUUUAUUUUCGAAUAGUUGUUUACAGACAGAUAAAAAACACAUCAUUGAUGAUGUAUGACACACCAAUUGAUCCCUCGCUACGCUCCGAGUCUAAAAUGUUAUUAUUAUCUUCGCCUGUUAAAACAAUCGUUCGUAAAAAAAACAAAUAUUUGUUAAAUGUAAAACUUAUAUCGAAGCAUACACGGUAAACAAAUGUAGAACACGACUGUACUUAACAAAUAAUGUUGAAUAAAAAAGCAGAAUAAAUAUUAUUACCUAGAUCGGACAAAAUGAUUCAAUCAUUUUAGUGUAUAAUUUUAAGGGGGGGAAAGAGCUGAUACUGGUACAGAUACACGUACAGACUGUUGUGGAUGGAAAAUUGGGAAGAUAAAAUACACAAAGUUACUUAAUUUACACAAUAUGUAAUACACAUAGUAACGACGAACCAUUGUUAAUGGUUAUGGUUAAUGGUUAGAAAUAUUUUAAAAUACCGUAAUUUUUACGAUUUUAGUCAAAAUUUGAUCUUGAAAUACUUAUAAAAAAUAAAAAACUAAUGCGUUGCAUCGUAGAUUAUAAUUAUAAAUCAAAUAACUUUAUGUAUUCCCCCUUCCCAACUACCCAUCUACUACAGUGGUCGUACCCGUUCCCAGUAUCAGUUAUUUUUUAUAUCACAGUUAAUUAAUUUUAAAAUUAUUUGUACAAACUGGUUUUGAAUCGAUCUACGUUCCGGUAUUUACUAUUUUAUAAAUUUAGCGUCUGACAACAUUUUUUGUGAAAUAUUUGGUAGUGUAUAGAUAAUCAUUUAUUAAACAAUCAAUUUUUCAACUGCACAACUAUUUUAAUGAAAAUGUUGAAUAUUAUCGGUUUAUAAACUAAUUGGAAAACGUUUCAAUAUAACUAUCAAAUAAUAGCAGUAUACUGAUUUGCAUGUUACUAUUCUAUACGAGAAGUUGUCUCAAAAUACAUUUUUUACUUACCAACUACAUGAUGAAUUCAAAAAAAAAGGUAUCUUGUUUUUCUAUUGGAUCAAUAUAUCUGGUAGAAAACAUAAGGAAGAUUUUUGUUUUGUAUUUUUUAACUUUUUUUUAGUUCAUCCGUAUAACCAUGAUAACCUAUGAAAAAUGACAACAAUAUGUUCAAUUAUUUUUUAACUACGAAGUACAUUUUUUUGUAGAAUUAUUUCACUCCCUUCGAGGUUUAUUUUUCUCAAACCCGUGUAUUUUUUCAGGAUACAAUCUAUUUCCAUGACAAAUUUUAAUUUUUUCUGCGGUUUAGGCGUAACAGCCAAACAGACAUAGGUAUAGUUAUUUUCGUAUUUAUAAUAUUAAGUAUAGAUUUUUAUGUUUUAUGGAUUUUUAACCCAACCCAACCAGUAGAUUUUCGUAUUGAAAACAUUAUGAUAAUUCAAAAAUAUACAUGUUUGUUAUGUUUAUUUUAGAUUGUAUAUGUGUGGUUUGAAUCCAAAUGUACAGACCUUAUACCCAACAGUAACAUUUCCCGUGAGUCGAGCCUGCCUUUAUGGGAUCAUGAUAAUAGAUGGACAAUGUUAUCUACAAAACGUUUACAAGUAAGUUUAAGUUGCCUUUUGUUUUUACGAAUUUAUAUAACUCGAACUAUUGAUUAUUUCAGUGUUUUGGAUUUAAUGACACUUUUUCAUUUAUGCUCAAUGAUAAAAUUCAUUUAGCUGAGUAUCAAAUUCGCGAUUGUACCGAUCGCAUUUGUAUUAGUGAGUAUAAAAUCCAUUAUUUAUAGAACUCUACAUUAUAAAUAUUAGUUUGCAUACAUUUAAAUUUAAUCCAAUGUAUUAUGUUAGAUUCAUGUUUGGCAUUUGUUUACGCAAAUGAAUGUCAAAAUAUUUUCGGCAAACCGUGUUCAUUUCCAAAAAGUAAAAUUUAUAAACAAUUUCGAAAUUUAUCCAAAUAGUAAAUAUUAUUAUUUUCCAUAAUUUCAAUUAAAUCCAAAUCUAAAAUUUAGUUGUUUUAAUUUUUCAGAUUUGAUUGAAUGUUAUUUACUAAUUCAACGAGGAUCUGGUCUCUUUGAGUUCAAUUUGAAUAAUAAGACCAUUUGUUCGGGACAAAUACAUUUGUUGCAGGACGAUUUAAAUGUAAUGCCAGAACAUUUAAUAAAUCUACAUACGACGGCUAAACAAUUUCAAGAAUUUGGGCUGAAAGAAAAAAUAUAUUCUAUUUUUGAAGAUAAUGGAUGCAAUUUAGGAGAUAAUUACAAAAACAUAACCGAAUUUAACGUCCAUAAAAAUAAUAUCGAAGGAUGUAUAAAAUGGAAAAAUGAUUGGAUUUACUUUUUGGAUAGUUUAUUAAAAUUUCCGUUAUUAGAGGAUUUAACUAAAAAUUGUACGAAAGCUCCAGUUUCUAUUAGAGGUAUAAUCAUUCGACCAGACAUGUUUGAAAACAGCACCGAACAAGGUACAUUUCUAUGGAUAUUUGUCAUUCGUUUUUAACGAAAACUCUUGUUCAUACAAUAAAUAAUAUUGCUGUGCUAAUUAGAAACGCUUAUUUCUUCAGAUGUAUUUGACAAUUACGAUACGAGAACAAAUGAAAUAACUCGUAACGGAGUAAAAAUAUCUGGUGUUAGAAAUGAACCCAUCGUGUUAAGCAAUUCUAAGGUUACAGUUGGCACAUUAGAAGAACAGAUAUUUAUUCAAUACAAUCAUUCUAUAUGCAAGGUUAGGCUAGGUUUAAGUUUAAAGUUUGAAUACUCCGAAAUAAAUGCCACAAACUCAAACACGUUUAAAACCUUAUUUCAAAUAUAACAUGGAAAACCACUGGUAGAAGUAAAAUAUUAUAUUAUAUUUAAAAUGUAUUAAUUUAGAAUAUUGAUGACUUCAUUAACGAUACUCUGAACAUAAUAAUGGAGCUUGAUAAAUUUGAUUUCUUCGAAAACACUGGGAAACUCUUUAUAUGUACACAGAAUACUUUUAACGAUCCUACUUGUAAUGUAUGCGCAAAAGCAAUGAAGCAAAUCAUAGAAAAUCAACCAUCAAGCAAUGUAAGUGUGUUUGUUUGUAUUUAUAAAAUAACAUUAUUAAAAAUUUGUUUCCAUGUUUAUUACAAUCGUAUCCAUUCGAACAUUUCGUAUUAAACGAACACGUUUUCUAUAUUUUCAUCAAACUUGUUGGAAUAAUAUAUUCUGUACAUUUUAUCAUAAUAUUACUUGAGCAAAAUUUCGGUAGAACUUAUUACGAUAAAAAAUAUUCUGAUUAUUAUUGUCGUGUACUAAAAGCAUAUGAAAGUAAAAGUGAUAACGUAUGUGUGUAACUUGAUAAAUUUGAUUUUACGUUUAACUAUUUAUUAUAAUUUUUAACGCCCAGACAGGCAAUUUUAACAAUAUUGUUAAAUGACAAGAUGAGAAUAAAAAAAAAAAACAAUUAAAAAUACACAAUGGUAACAAACUUUACAUACAAUUAAACAUAAGAUUAAAUUAUUGAUUGGUCGGCUAGCCGUAACAUACUAUGAAUCGGGUGGUUAUGGCAAUAUGAAGUUGAGUGAGUUGGUAUUGCAAAUAGCAAAUCAAGAAAAGAAAGCCUGGACAAUCUGUAGAACCAUUAAGAAAGGAAGAAAUAAAGUCUAACUCGGCUUCGAGGCGCCUGGUGGGUAGAGUAGGAAGUUUGAGCAUGUCAAGUAUAAGUGAUUGGUCGUGUGGAUGAUACUGAAGCUUAAAAAAGAAUGAAGCAUAUGACAAAAAUUUGUUCUGGACACGUUCCAACCUAUGAAACGAUGAAAAAGUUCAAUUAAUGUAAAUAUAUUUAUUUUAAAUUAAAAUGCCCGAAAGCUUUUAUUAUAACGAUCGAAGAUCUUUAACAAUACAUUUCAAAGGUGUACAUAAAUAUUUGAAGUGUGUUUACAUAAAAAAAAAAUAAAAAACCAGUGAGAAGUGGAGUGGUCUUAGCCUUAGUCUAAGAAUCUUAUACUAAGUCAUAUUGGUUUGAGACCCCUUAUGUAUUGAGAGUUGUUGAGUAGUUUAAUUGUUACUGGAUUGGUAUGUUCAUCCAGCUUUUAUCUUAUGUUUGCGGACAAACUUAAUAUUAUCGUCCUGGACGAAGGUAAUCAUCAUAUCUCGAUGAAUAAUGUCAUUGCUGUUAUAUCUGUAACCUGCGACAAUGAAACGAAGAGCGAUGUUCUGACAGUGUUAAAUAAUCUCAAAGUUGGACUUGCUGUAUUCCACAAAUCCAUAUUGGUUUAAUUAUCAUUGUACAAUAAUCGUUUUUUUGUAAGGUCUAGUUUAACAUGUCUUUCGAUCAGCCAAUACCGGGUAUAAAUUAUAGAGUUAAAAUUUUUGAUUUCCGUCGAUCCAUUGACGAGAUAUUCCGCUUUUAAGUUUGUGUUGGAAGAGAGUAGUGAAGUAUCAAUAGAGUAGCGGUACGGUGUGCGACGUGUUAAUAAUACACCACUACUAUCCUCCAACCAAAACUUAAAAGUGAAACAUCCCGUAAACGGAUCAACGGAAAUCAAAAAUUUCACCACUAAAAUUGAUUUUAACUAAUACUCUAUUUAUGGACUAUUUAAUAUAGGUUGCCAUUUGAAAAUCAAAAGUGAGUAGUGGUUUCGCCCCCAAAAAUAAUGAUGACAAAAAAUAACAUGAAUAUAAAAUUGUAGAGAAGCUUGUUUCUUAAAUGUUCUAGAAAACAAAUUCCAGAAAAAGUUAAUACUUUCCGAGAUAAUGAGUUUUUGAUUAGACCAAAAUAUUUUGUGUUUCUGCGUUAGUCGGCAGAUUUGACAUGCCCUUUACUGUGCACCUCACGUGACGGUGGGAACCACCGUUACGCCGUUGUACUAGAAUUUGGCCUACUUAAUAUUAUAUUAUGUAAACACUUACCGAUGUCAAUUGUGCGUGGAAAGCAUUUUGAUAAUAUUGAAUUACAGAGAAAAAAAACAUUAUAAAUGUACAGUACUCGAAAACGAGAACAUACGUGUUGCUCGUUCAGAAAACAAAUCGUGACCAUAAUAUAAUAAUAUAAACAAUUUAAAAGUUUUGAUUUAAAUCGUGAUAUUAACUUGUAUGGUGAUUUAUUAUUCACAUAAGGUCAAUUUUGAAUUUUAAGUCUAAAAAAGACGGAAACACGGAGACGCACGAUGGAUUGGUAGGCCACUUUUGUAGAUGAGAAGUUGGGAAGGUAGAGGAAAAAUGUAAUUUAUAUCUUUAGGUAACGAUUAACCCUGUAUAUUUAUAUAUAUAUAUUUUUAUAUGUGUCAUAAUAUGGUAAAAUAAAUAUGGUAUAACAGUCAUACAGCACAAAAUAUCUACAUAAUUUUUUACUAAAACGAUUUUCGUCAAACUCUGAUAUUAAAAUUGUAAUAAAAAAAAUUCUGCGUUACACUCAAUCAUAUUUUUUUUUUUUUACCACAAAGUACGACUUAUAACAAACCUCCUGUUAAAUUUUCUAACAUUUCUGUUAGGUUUAACAAUUUUAUCUACAGAGCACCUACCAAAUAAAUGAAAACAGAUGAGAAAACAAAAAAAAAAAAAUUAUCUCCCUGAAGUUUCACCCCAGUAAGAUUUCCUAUUAGAAAAAAUUCUAUACUUGAAAAUAGAAGCAAAAUUGCUGGUAGAAAUGUUGUUGACAGAUAAAAAAACAUAAAUAAAAAUAAACAUCAUUUUAAACCAAUACAUUCCUUGCUCCACUCAAAAUCUAAAAAUAAAAAACAAAAAUUAUUAAAUCGUUUUUUCUGUUUUGUGGGGGGAUCGGUAAUUAAUUUACUUUUUAAUUGAAUUUAAUUCGAUUUUAUUGGUGUAAAACUUUAGAGUAUCACAAUAAAUUUGGAUAACGUAAGUAACGUAUCAGAGGACGAUGAGUCGGGACAGUUUAUUUUGGUCACUAGUUGGAACUACCUAAAAUAUACAACGGAAUAUUUAGCCGAUAAAAAAUGUUGUUACAUUAUCGUGUGUUCGAAACAAAAAUGUCAAAACUUUAAUGACUGGAAAAUAAUCAUUCAACAACAAUUCAAUGGCGACAUCUAUUUAACGUUGAUGAAAAAAGUAAGAUGUCUUUUUCUGUAUUCUAAUAAAAAAUAUGUAAAUUCAUCGUUUUCGCAGAAAAUAACGAUAGAUAAAAAUUACAAAUUUAUAAAGUCGACCAAUGAAGAUUACGACUUGAACAUUUGGAAUGCUUUAGAAAAACAUAAGUCUACUAACGAAUUGAUUUGCAUAGUUUCGAAAUCAGAACCGUUAGAUGAUAUCGUUACCCACGUUAAAAAUAUUUUAGUAAAAUACAAAUCUCCAAAAUUGAGGUAGUUUAUAAUAAGAUAAAUUGGCAAAUGUGUCUAUACUGAACAAUUUUAUUGAUAACUUGAUAUAUAGAUUCGUAUUUAUUUUCGAUUCAAAUGCACCGGAAAUCGAAUCAAACAAAUUAUUUUACACAAAUGAAUUACGUAAAGAUUUAAUAGUCAAUAUAUAUAAAAACGGUGGAUGGGGUUGUUAUAAAAACAUUUUCUUCCAAGAUUUGAAAACCAAUACCAUGGCGACCAAAGUUCCAGUUAUAGAAAACAUUUUAAACAAUAGGUAGGUGCAUCCCCAUUCACGUUAUAUUAUUCUUAAAAUUGGUACCUAUCAUUCGUGUGAAUUUAUUUCAGUACCAACGAAUUGACAAUCAAAUAUUUAGGAUUGAAUUUCAAAGAUUUAUUAAUUGAAGCUCAUACCGAAGUAAUUUACACGUUUUUAAUAAAAAUAUAAUAACUCAUUUAUAAGUUAAUCGAUUAAAUAUUUUAAACAUAGGACGAACUUGAACUGUUUAAAUACUCGGGAAUAGCAGAAGGCAAUGAAAGAGUGAUGGGAAUAUUUUUUUUUAAUCAAAGCUCAUAUCAAAUAAAUUACGAUGAAGCAUUCGCAUGGCCUGUCCCGACUACGUGGCAAUUAGACGACGCCGUCACUGUUCCUUUAGCUUACGCAAUGGUAAUUGUAGUCUUAGAAAAAAAUCAAAUAAAUAGAAUAAGGCUUAAUUUAAUGUUAAACAUUUCAUAAUUAUUACGUGUUUAAAGUAUUAUGUUCUCUCAAAAAAGACCAGACAAUUUUGGUUACCUCUGGAUUGCACCCUGUUGGUCGAGCAGCAAUUUCAAUAGGUUUGGCUGAAAAAUGCGAUGUGUAUGUAAUUUUUAAGUCUAGCCAACAAUCAAAACAACUCUCUAAUAUAUUUCCCCAGGUAAGUAGUGAAAACAGAAGAUAAUAUUUAGUGUAUACUAUAAAUCUAAUUCAAAUUUAAAGCUUCCACGUUCAAGAAUACUAAUAAACACAGAGAACAAAUUCGAUGUACAAUUAAAGUUGAUAACUAAGGCCAAAGGUAUUGAUAUCAUAUUGAACUUUUUGAGUGGUGAAGCAUAUCAGUGUGCUCUGCGUACAUUGGCAAAACACGGAAAGUUUUUCCACUUCUCAAAAUCUGAUAUAAAAAAUCAAGAAAAUUUAGGUACCUAAAUACAAAUUAACAUUUUAAUGGUGAAUUUCAUUUUAAAACCUAAACAAUAUAUCGUGUUCACAAAGAAACGAGAAUUUUCCUACAAAACACAGCAUUUUAUUUCGUCAGCUCAAACCUGUUAAUCAAUGAAAGUGACGAAAAUAAAGAAAUCGUAAAACAAGCAUUCUCGGACGGAUUGAAGAAAGGUAUAACAAAGCCUUUCGAAAAAAACGUUUUAGAAACUCCAAUAAGUAAUAGUAAAAUUUUCGAAGCUAUGAGGUGAAUUUUAUCGAAACUUUUAACAAAAAGCUCUAUCUCAUUAAUAGUAUUUUCACGAUUUUAUUUAUAACAACCUAUUCAUCAAAUAUAAUUGAAAAAGUGAUAGUUUCUUUGAAUAAUGAUUGUGGAAUAAAAGUAUCCCAGAAAAAAAUACAAUGUGACACAUAUCAGUGUCACCCCGAUCAUGUCUAUGUGAUAUUUGGUAAACAUUUUUUUCGAAAUAACUGAUGCUUAAAUAUUAUACAAACUGUUAUUUAUUUUAGAUAAUAUAUCGGAUAGUUUAAUCUUAGUCAAAUGGUUAGCCGAGCGAGGUGCUAAAAAAAUCGUAAUUGUAUUGAAAAGAUUAUUAAUUUCAUCAAUUGAUUGUAAAAUGUUUGUAAACUAAAUAGCCAAUGUGCAUCGAUUAUUUUAGUAAUGAUUUAUUUAAAUAGAUUAAAUGCAAUUAUAUCACUUAAAGUGUCGAUUCAGAUUGAAUCGGAUAUUCAAUUGAAUAGUAGAGAUGAAUCUUUGAAAUGGUUAAGUCGUUUAACGUCGUCGCGUGCCUUGGGCUCGAUAUUCAUAAUCAACCAGGUAUAUUGUUAAAUAAAUUUAAUUAACUAUUAAAUUACUAUAGGUACAUAUGUGGCUACAACACGAUUGAGCAUCAAACAUAUUUUUUUAAAACACGAUUGAGCAAAUUUGUGUGCGUAUCAAAGUAUGUAAGAAUACAAAAGAAAAUCUACUCGAUUGAGCAUAAAACAACACUACGAUGUUGCCGCUUUCAGUUUUGAACUAUAUUAAUAUACAAAACAAAUGUAUUUAAAUAAUUAUAAUAAUACAAAAUAUAAUUGUACAUAAUAAUUGGCGUAAUAUUACGUAAAAAUACAAAAUUUCGGCAACGUUACGUAAAAUAUUCUAUGCUCGAUCAUGUUGCUGAAAAGGUAUAUUACAGUCAAUCGUGCUGUACCGAUAUAAUAUUUUAUUCGUGGAAAUUAAUAUCCUUAUCUUAGUGUGAUGACAGUAAAAUUAAUAACCUGCAAUAUGCUGUAAAUAAACUUUCGAAUAAGUCGACAACUACGUCGUUCGUAUGUAUUUCAAGUAAAGGAGAACAUGCUUGUGCUUCGCUUAAAUCAAUUGGCCUUAACGCUCUAAACAUGCGCUGGGACAAGAUAUCAAAAUCAAAUAAAAAUGUAUCAAACAUAUUAUUACCUGCGUUAGAUAAGCUGCUACAAUAUCCCAAUGCCGACGAGACAUUCUCGUUUGUGUUAUCUGAAAAAAUCAUUAACAAAUUUGAAGGUAAUUGUAUUGUUUUAAUUACAAUUGGAAAUAUAUUUUUAAAAAAUCACAUAUGGUAGUAAUAAUACCUAGAUUAUACAAAAAUUACUUUAUUAUAUAUUGUCUUAUGAAAAAUAAUAUACCGUGUCACUCGCGCGUAUAUUAUUGUAACAACUAUGUAUGUAAUUGAUAAAAAAUGUUACAGAGUAUCAACAAACAAACUACGUUAUUGAAAAUUUUUUACCCGAAUCCUUAGAAGAGUUGCUACAUCUGAAUGAUGAAAUAACGAAAGAAGCAAAAUUCGUUGAAAUUCCAUCGAAAAGUCCGAGUUUUUGCACGUGAAAUCAAUUAUACCGGUGUUUGUGAUACCCGGUUUCAGGCCAAAUCUCGUUAAAACAUUAUGUUCAAAAUUGUUGUUUCCUGUUUUCGAAGCACAAUAUCCAGAAAAUAUUGGUUCGGUUGAUGAAUUAUCAAACUCUUUAGUAUACGUAUGUUUAAAUCAUAAUUGAUUUAGUUAACAAAUUUUUACUAAAAUAUUAUGAUAUCCCUACACGCACUUAGCAACUCAAAAAUAUUACGAACCAAGGUUAUGUGUCUCUUAUCGGCGAAUCUUAGGGAGGAAUUGUGGCGUUAAAAAUGGCUCAAAUAUUAGAAAAUCAAGGCACAUUAGUCACAGUAACAUUAUUAGAAGGUAAUCCGGAAGAAUUAAUAGACUGGGCUAAAACUUUCCUAUCGAAUGAUAAUUAUCUCAACAAAUCAUAUACAAAAUAUAGUUCAUCGUUCAGUAAGGUAAAUACUAAUUUAAAUAAAUUUUAAAUUAUUUUGGAUUUUUUUCGUUUAAUAUCAAUAAUAAUUAAGCAUUCAUUAUAUUUUAAAUAGUUUUCCUAUAUAGGUUUUAAAAUGUACGGAUGAAAAGUACGACUCCAGAAAAUUACAAUUAUUGAAAGAGAAUACACGAGACACUUUAAAUUGGAUCCAUUCAUAUUUACAGGUAUUAUUAGAAUCCAAGCCACUUUCAAGUAAAUUACUUACAAAAGUUCUAAUACUGAGAUACGAACGAAAAUCUAAAUACAAAAUGAUCAGAUUAACUGACGUAAGUUUAACAAUUACUGCUAAGUGAUAAUUAUUAAUAAUUAUAUUAAUUCUUCUGUAUAUUUGACAGUAUUGUAACAGUUUACCGUCAGUAAAAAUCAUACCAAAAAAGGAUUACAAACAAAUUUUAACGGAUGUCGAGACGGUAGAUAUAUUACAUAAGAACAUGGCAUAUUUGUUCACAAAAGGAAUAGAAUUAUUAUGUUAA